GAACCAUAAAGAAAGUGUUAUUUACUGGAAUAACCUAGUAACAAGUAAUUCUUAAAGAUGAAAAUUUUGCUAUUUAAAGUUGGCAUAUUAUGGAGCUUAUAUUGGCUAUAUAUAAUUCAUAAUGAAGUCAAGGCUGUGAAUUAUAGUGCACCCAUUAUAUCCGGUUAUCGAGCAGCAAUCGGUCAAUUUCCUUGGCAUGUACUUUUGCGAAGAGAUGCAGAUGAUGAAUUAUUAUGUGGCGGUUCUAUUAUUUCCACUAAAUGGGUUUUAACAGCUGCUCAUUGCAUUUAUAAUAUGACUUUCGUACAUUUGGAAUUUGGCACUAUAAAUCUAUACUUUGAUGGACUUGUCAUGAACUCGACAAAAUUUUAUAUAUAUCCUGAAUAUAAUCACAACUCAACUAAUGAUAUAGGACUAAUUGAACUACCUGAACCAUUAGAAUUCAGCGUGAAUAUAAAUGCCAUUGAAUUGAUAUCGGCAGAGGAGGCUUCUACCGAUUUGGUGGGUGAUUUAUGUACAAUUACCGGUUUUGGUUGGACAAUGAAUACUGGUAAUAAUUCACAGUGGUUAUUAUAUGCCGAGGUAGAUGUUAUCGCUAAUAAUAUUUGUGCUAGCGCUUACCAUCUAGAAAGUAUAGAGGAUACAGCUAUGUGUACAGAAGGUUAUGCUGGUUCAUCACAGACUCCCUGUAAGGGGGAUUCUGGUGGUGCUUUAGUUUGGAAAAAUGAACAAUUUAAACGUGUACAAGUUGGCGUAGCAUCGUUUAUGAUGUUAAAUCAAUGUUCAGAAUUUCCUGCAGGCUUUACGAAAGUGGCUAAAUAUUUAGAUUUUAUAUACAAUAUUACGGGUAUAAAUAAUCAGACGGACGGAAAAUAAUUCAAGAAGAUUUCAAUAAAAAUAAAUUUAAUUUCAAAGAAAAAAAAAAUUGAAAAUAUUCAGCAUAAAAAUUGUUAUUGAUUUU